AUGCAGUUGAAUGUUGAGACAGAUUGUUUUAUCUCCUCACCUAGGCCAAAAGGGAAGGGGAAUGAAAUAAAAUACUUGACAUCUUUCUUUCAAAUCCCAGAAUCCCAUGCAGUUUUCCUGCCCUGCACUUUCGAUGCAGCACUAGUUUCAGAUUAUCUGGACCUGAUUUGGCUCAGUCCAUCUGGUGAGGAACUGCUGUCCAUGUAUGUGAUGUAUGGCAACUCAGAGGUACGUCUGGAGGCCAUGUGGCGACUUAUCUACAAACACUUCAGUCCAGUUGAUACUUGGUUUUCCUGUAGCUGGAAUGGCAUCCCUGGAAGGAACCAGAAAUUCAAGAACAGAAUUGGUAAUGAUGACCCUGAGGACAUCGAAGACUACAUGGAAAGUUCAAGUGGUAACAACAACUCCUCUUCUUCCUCGCCCUGGUACCAAGAAAACGACUCUUACCUGGCUUGGAGUCAGGAAUAUUUAGAUUGUGAUGCUCCAAUACCCAGCAACUGGACACGCGGGUCCCUGCUCUGGACUCAGGAUGAGCCACAGCCCCAAAAGACAGUGCUGAUGAAUGUGACCAUACGGCGCACCUUUCCGUACUGGCAGUACAUGAGGCCCAAUGUCACCUAUUUGAUCCUUCCAUCAGUAACCUUCAAAGAUGCUGGGAACUACACCUGUCGGUGGAAGAAUCAGACGCAACUUGUUCAGCUGAAGGUGACAUCAAAGCCAGCUUUUUGGCUACAAUUUCAACACCGACAUUGGAUAAUCUGGACUGUAUCCCUGGGAUAUGUGAUUACCUGCCUCAGCUUCCUUUUUUGUUUCCUGCGGCUCCAGCGUACCAUUCGCACUCGUAGGCAGCAGAUGAAGCUGAAGGGCCCGGCCAAGAGAAGGUACUUUCAUGCUAAGCGGAACAAGGCACCGGUCUCCAAUGGGAUUCGCUUACUCCCAGCAAAUGAUGAUGGCAUGGAGCAAGUGGAUGUCUUGUCCUACGAGAAUGUGCUGCCAGACAUGAGGCCCAGGAGUGGCGGGCAGUUACUUCAGAAAGAAAAGAUCCUGCCCAAUACCACCGAUAUGGAAGAUGAAGAAGAGUAUGAAUGCCCAGACAGUGAAACAGAGCUCAAGUCAGAUGAUGACGACAACUACGAGAACACUCAGGAAGAAGUGAAACAGGGAGAUGUGGUUUUGAAUGAAGCAUCCCCUUAUGAAAACAGCAAGGCGAAGACGAAGUCCGGCUCCCACAAUUGGGACUCAGCGGACUCAUUGUAUGCUAACAAUUCCCAGAAGGCCCUUAAGAAUCAGGCCCAAGAUCCACUUGACGAAGAUGGUGAGAACUAUGAAAACGUAGAAGAGGAGCCGUGUUUGAGUCCUGGCGCAGCACGACUUAUAGCAGGUUUGCGCCUCCAGCUGUCUCUGGACCCACCUGUGGACAAGCAGGAUGGGGGCAGUGAGGCCUCUACAGGCUCCCAGUCCUAUGAAGAGAUGAAUGGGGCCUUGUGCCCCACAGCAAGUAAGUCUCUCCACCUGCAGCCCAACACAAGCAACGAAGAGGAUGCUGAUUCUUAUGAAAAUAUGGAAAGCCCCAACAGCUUCAGUUCACGGAAGGAAUGCAGCUUGGAUCCACAUGGAAAUGGUCCUGCCUUUGGUUCCACACGGCAACAUCUCUCCAGUCCUUUCGGAGCUGAUCUUAGAGGGGGCCUGCUGUGUUCAGAUUAGAACUAGCCAAUGGAUGGGGGCAGGAGCAGGAGCGUCACCCUUUGCAACUCCUUUCCUCUCUCAAGCCAAGGUGUUUCUACCCAGACUUUGGGACCAAGCACCUUGCUGCACAGAGGUUUUCAGCAUCCUCGAUCCCUAGGAGCGGAUGGGGGGGGGGACGGGACUUCUAGAAUGCUAGAAGAGGGGCCUGCAAGAUCACACUCCUAGGUUGGGUUUCCAGCAGUAGGAACAGUAAGGAGUCCCAUGCGCCUGAAGAGGAAGCAGAAAGGACACGGCUGGAGACAAGCAAAUAGUUUUUUGAGAGUUGAAAAUGGAUUGAGAGAUCAUUUCCGGUGGUAUAAAUAUCCAUUUAUUUUGUCCCGCAAUCACCUCUGACCAAACACAUUUUUGAAAAAGUACAAAAUCCUGUUUACGUGUGCCUCUCUAGACAGACCAUAAUUAGAGCGCUGAGCCUGCUGUUCUCAUUCAUCCCUUUUGGCCAGAUGUACAACCUUCCUUAGAGAAUCAAGCUUAUUUCCAGAAGUCAGCUCUGCGGAAUGCCAAUUAGCUGGCCCUUGUGACGGUUCGGAAGCGACCUUCCUGCACCACCAACUGGCUGUGCUGAGUUCCUGAUUGGUUGCUUCCCCCCCCCCAUCCGGUCC